AUGGCAGCAGCGGCCGAGGACCCAAUCACAGCCCUCCACGUGGUGCUCCACCAGGUGUGCUGCGGCGUGGCAGCAGACGAGAUUCUCCUGCAGCUGCACGCGCUCUGCGCCGCCCGCUGGCGCCACCACGUCAAGUUCGAGGUCGCCGCCCGGGACGCGGGCAGCACGGGCAACACGGGCGGCACAUGCGGCACGGGCGGCACAAGCGGCACGGGCGGCGGGAGAGGAGGGUCGGGGGUUUUCGGGACGUCUGGGGGACCCAGUGGGAGCAAAGGAUGGGUGGCAGGGGGAGGGGGGACAGGGGGAGUAGCAGGGGCAGGGGGACUAGGGGGAAGGGGCGGAGUGGGGGGAGCGAGGGUCAGUGGUUCGGGAGCAGCAGUGUCGAGUGCGGGUGGGAAGGAGGGGGAACGUUCUGGGGCAGCAGAGGCAGGAGCAGGAGGAGCGGCGGCAGGAGAAGCAGCCGGAGGUGCAGCGGGGUUGCCAGCGGUUCCAGAGGUAUCUCCUGCGGUGCUGCACGUGUGGUACUGGCUGGACCCGGGGAAGGGUGAGAGCACAGGGGGAUCGUCGUCAGCUGUGCUGGUCCGACUGGGGAUCGUCAGCUUUGAAAACGCCGACGAGCCGCCGCCCUGCCUCACUCUCUCCCUCGCGCCACCCCCCACCACCGCUCCUCCUCCUCCCAUCGCCCCUCCUGCGUCUGCUCCAGGCUCUUCUGCUGCUGCAGCAGCAGCGGCUGUUCCUGCUUCUGCUCCCUCCUCCCUGUUUUCCCGGCAGCCGUUGCGCACCCAGCUCAUAUGCCAGCAUACGCCGGCCGUGGUGGACCCCGAGACGGGCGGCGAGGUUUGUCUGUAUCUGGACCCGAGCAGGAUCGACGUGGAGAAGCUCGUGCUGUUUGCCGCCCGGUGCUCCGCGCAUGCCAAGCUGGCGCGGUUAAGGCGAGACCUGCUGGCCUCUCCGCUGCUCUGCUCCGGCCCUCAAGACUUGCUGCUCUCCUUCCCUCCUGCUCCCUCUCGCUCCUCUUCACGCUCUUUCUCUCUCCCCACCGCCCAGUCUCCCGUCUCUGAUAACCCUCCUCCUUCUCCUCCACCACCUCCUCCACCUCUGCAUCCUCCUGUAGAUGCUGCAGAGAGUGGAGUGCCGCCGAGGGAAAACCUGGGCGAAGAGAAGAAGGAAAAGGGUGGAGGGGAGUUGGAUGGCGUUGCCAAGAGGCUGGGGGAAGUUCUGGGGAAGCGCAAGAAGCUUAUGGAAUCUCUGUCGCUUGACAAUGCUGGCAUGCCUGACAGUGGUGGUGUUGGGGAUGAUGCUGGUGAUCAUGCUGCUUCAACCCAUGCUGACCUGCCAAGAGCCAAGAAGCAGAGGCAGGGAGAAGAUGGGAGAGAAGUGGUAGCAUCCGGGGUUGGAGAGCGGUGGAGAGGCAGCAGCAGAGGUGGGGAGCGGUGGGGCAGGGAAGCGUCUGGGUCGAGGGGGAGGGAGGUGCUGUGGGUGCGUGCGUGUGGAGACUGGUUUGCUGCGAUCGGCGUGAACACGCGGACGGGGCGGUACGAGGUGUGGGUGGGCGGCAAGGGCUUGUCCUGGGCGGUGGCGCGGGAGGUGGAGGGGGCGCUGAACAGUGGGAGCUCGACAGCUGGUGAUGCUCUAGUGCUGCUGCGGCUGCACUGCCUGCACGCCCAGCUCACAGCGGCGGGCAUGGCCCUGGGCCUGGUGCCGUACGAGGCGGGGCCAGCAGGCAUUCGGUACACAUCAGACGACCCAGCGAACCCCCUCACUCUCCCUCCACCGCCCCGCACACUCCUCUUCUCCCUCUCGGACCCUCCCUUCCUCCCCUACCCAACCGCAUCCUCUCCCUCACCACCGCACUCUACUCCUCCCCCCGCAGCCUCUCCUCCGCCCAACCCCCCCUCAUGGCCGCCGGCAGGAAAGGCGGCAGAUGGGGGGAAAGGGUGGAGAGGUGUGGAGGGGAAGGGAGGGGAUUGGGGGAGAAUGAGCAAGGGGGGAAAAGAUGGGGUUGGAGAGAGGAAGGAGAUGGUGGGGGGUUGGGAGGAGCUGUUAGAGGUGGCGGAUGCCUGGGAGAGUGAUGGCGAGGGGGAUAGUGAGUUGGAUGGUGAGAGGGAUGAUAGGGAUGCGGGGAUGGCGGUUGAUGGAGAGAUGGGCAGAGCAAGGGGGGAUGGAGUGGAAGAAGGUGCAGAGCAAGCAUCAGUCGUUGAUGGAAAGCUGGGUGCAGAUCAUGCGGCUGGGACCGUUACUGCCACUGCAGCGGUUGAAAGCGGUGGUGUUGAUAAAGACUCCAUACCCAUCAAAAAGCGCAAACGCCACCACACCACUCACCACCCAUCCCAACCCCUUCACUGCGCUCUGAUUGGCCGGCCGCUGCAGGAGCUGGUACAGCUGGCAGGGCGGGGCAAGGCCCCUGUGUCUCUCAUCUUACCCCUCGUCCUGUCCCGCGCCCAGCACCUCGCUGCAGCUGCCGUCAAGCACUCCCUCCUCUCCUCCCUCCUCUCCUCUGCUGGUGUUUCCACCGUUCCCUUCCUCUCUGCUGCCUCCUCCUCCCCGUCCUCCUCUUCCUACUCACCACUCUCCCCCUCCUCCCCGUCUCACUUCCCCUGUCUGCCGCCCCUCAUUUCCUCUUCUCUCUCCUCCUCUGCUGCUGCUUCUCAGGUUGUGGUUUCACCUGAUGACUUAUGGCCGCACACACAGUACCUCGAGGAGUGUGUGCGCAUGGACGACGCAGGGGACAUCACGAUCAUCCCGCGCGGCCCCUUCUCCUUCCGCAUCGUCUACCGCCACGACUUUGCCAUCCACAUGCGCUGCUUCGCCCCCGACUUCGUCUGGUUGCAGCCCGCCCCGCCGCCCAAAUCCUACGACCUGCCGCCCGGGCUCGUCGCCAUGUUCCCUGAAGGCUCCGCUGCUGUUUCGGCUUUAGCGGAAACUCCCAACGGUGCUGCUGGGAGCGGGAGCAGGGGUGGUGGCAACAGGAGGGGUGGGGCAUCGGGAGCACCCACUCCAGGCAACGGCUAUCCGAAUGGGUCAGCCAGUGGUUCUGCUGGUGCUGCGGCAGCAUCGAGUGGGGUGAUUCGAGGGGAUCUGUCUCUGGGAGGGUCCUUGCCCUGCCCACAGUUCCGCCCCUUCAUCCUGGAACAGGUGUCUCUGCUGCUCUCCCAGCUGGACCGACAUGCCCCUGACCUGCCUCCUCUUCCUGCUGCUGCACUUCCUCCUGCCGCACCUGCGGCUGCUGGUCCGGAGUCCCACACAGCCAUGGUGGGGCUGUCAGACGAGGGCGGGUACGGUGGGGCGUGGGUGCCCGUGGUGCUGCUCAAACGUGUGCUGCGUAGCAUGCUGCGAUACCUCGGGACCAUCGCGCUCUUUGCUCGGUUUCCCUCCGUGCUCGCGGCUGUACUGGGUCCCGCCAUGGGGACCAGAGAGGCUGGGCUGCUGUCUCAGGAUCCGGAGCAGCCUGCUCUGCGGUUCUUCAUCGGCAACUAUGUGUACAUGGUGAAUCUGCAUCGCCAUCGCCGCCCUACAGCCGGAGACCAGCUGCAACUUAUGCUGCAGGUUGUAAAUGCCCGCAUGGCUCCUCAACGCCGCCCGCCAGCCAUGACACCCGACGCUGACGUGGACAUGAGCCCAGCUGAGCUGGCGGAAAUCAGCGAUCUCUUCACUCGCAAGGUGGCAGUUGAGCCCUUCGACGUGUCCCGCCUGUCGUCCUUCGUGACACUUGUCAUGCUCCCACUGGCCGUGAUCCGUGGGGCUGGGGCAGGUAGCAUCCCUACCAUCCCUCCUGCCGCCCGAAUCGCAGUCGACCUUUGCUUCGAGAAUCGCAUCGGCCUAGGCUGGGAUCUGCCAGACUCGUUUGGGAGACACAGUGGAGGCUCAUCUGGGGGAGGUGUAUCUGCAGGGCAGGUUCACCCAGGCUCUGCUACAGCCGGGAAUGCAGCUGGCAGCGGUAGAACAGCUCACCGCAGCGAUAUCAGCUACAGCCGGGCUGAAAGCCGAGUGGAUUUCUCUCUUGUCCUGCUCAUGGACCAUGCCGCCCUCUCCGCCGCCCACCUGCCAGUCCAAAUCGCGGGCGGUGCGGGCUGGCUGGCGCACUGCAUCUCGGUGCGCCUCCGCUUGCAUUUCUCCGCCACCCCUGCCAAUCCGGCUGCUACUGGUGCAGGCGCUGCCUCGGUUGCUCCCGGUGCACGAGGGCCGUUGAUUCUGCAGCUGUCCCUGCUCGCCGUUGAUGGCAGUCACGGCGGGAAAGCGUGCUGGAGUAAGGCAGAGGACUGGGACAGGUGUAAGCAAUUGAUUGGCAGGGCGGUCAAGGAAAUGCCACCACCACCACCAGCAGCUGCUGCUGCAGCUGCCGCUGCAGUAGCAGCAGGUGGAGGGGUGAAGGAAAUGGGGGUGGUGGUGGGAGGUAGAGGGUGGUUGAGAGUGUUAUCGGAGAGGUUGCAGGCAGCAGUGCACUCUGCACUGGCCGCGUCUCACAGGGUUUGA